AUGACAAAUAUUUUGAUAAAUUUCAUAAUUGCUGUAGGCCCUUGUCAGCCAUGUACAAAUAAAUUUCAAUAUCCUGUUACUAACAAGAGGAGCAUGAAUAUAACCUAUUAUAGAAAGGUUAAUAUAGAUGGUUCCCUCAACCCCAGAAAUUGGCUAUCUUAUAGCACUACUUUAGACAAAGUCUUUUGUCUAUAUUGUAUUAUGUUUGGUGGCCCUAAGUCCAAUACUUUUUGGACUCAACAUGGGGUAAAUAAUUGGAAAAACAUAAAGCGUGACUUAGAGAGACACGAAGCAUCUUCUCUUCAUAAAGAUUGUGAAUAUGCAAACAUGACUUGGCUUGCAAAUAAACGCAUUCAAGAUCAUUUGCUAUCAAAUAAGCUUGAUAUAAUCAUGGAAAAUCGUAAUAUAGUUCAUAAUAUUAUCAAUGCCAUUAUGUACCUUAUAAAAUGUAAUAUAGCCUUUUGGGGUUCUAAUUCGAAUGAAGGUAAUUUUAUGUGUCUCAUAAAAUUAAUGGCAAAAACGGUUCCAACUUUACGUGCAUACAUGGAUAACAACGAAAAAUUGCGGAGAAAAAAAUCAGAUAAAAUUUCGAGACCUUAUAUAAAUUUACUGUCAUAUGGCCACGUGAAAAAAAUAACUGAAAUUAUUAAGAUAAAAAUAACAAAAAGCAUUAUUCAAACAAUUAAAGAGAAUCGUGCCUAUAGCAUCAUAUUAGAUGGAACAUAUGAUGUGUCUAAAAAAGAAUGCAUAGCUUUGCUUGUACGGUAUAUAGAAGAUGAUCUGCAUCCACAUCCUGUAGAAAGGAUCAUACAUGUUUUUACAACAUCAGAAACCACUGGGGAAAAUAUAAAGAAACAUGUUUUUUCUAAGUUUAAUGAUCUUGGUCUUCCUCUUGAUUAUUUGGUUGGACAAAGUAUGGAUGGUGCAGGGAAUAUGAGAGGAGUAUACAAAGGAAUGCAGGCUUUAAUAUUGAAAGAGGCUCCAAAAGCCAUCUAUAUUUGGCAAUGGGAAUAUUAG